GCCUGCUCGCUCCUCGCUCGGCAUUGUGGCCAGCCUGCCGGGCACUCGGGGGGCACGCGCGGCUGCCGCUCGAGCUUUGCCCCCGCCCCACCCGCCGGCAGACCUGGGGUGGGGACCCAGGCGGGGGCUCCCGCGGCCACUGCCCGGCGCGGACCGCUCCGAGCGACCCAGUCCUCCCGGCGCCGAGAAAGGAGCCACGGAGCCCGCGGCAGCCGGCCGGCCUCCCCGCCCCUGACCGCUCGCUUCCCGGCUGCCUUUGUGGCCGCAGCUUCUGGCCGCCGAGCCGAGGGCCGGCGGGGGCGCGGCGCGCACGGCCGAGCGAUGCCCAGCUCCCUGUUUGCAGACCUGGAGCGCCACGGCAGCGGCGGCGGAGGGGGAGGCGGCGGCGGCGGCGGCGGCGGCGGCGGGAGCGGCGGCGGCGGCGGCGGCGGCGGCGGCGAGACCCUGGAUGACCAAAGAGCCCUGCAGCUCGCGCUCGACCAGCUCUCCCUGCUGGGGCUGGACAGUGACGAGGGCGCCUCUCUGUACGACAGCGAGCCGCGCAAGAAGAGCGUGAACAUGACCGAGUGCGUACCGGUGCCCAGUUCCGAGCACGUCGCCGAGAUCGUGGGGCGCCAAGGUUGUAAAAUCAAAGCGCUGCGGGCGAAGACCAAUACUUACAUCAAGACCCCGGUUCGCGGGGAGGAGCCUGUCUUUGUUGUGACGGGCAGGAAGGAGGAUGUGGCCAUGGCUCGGAGAGAGAUCAUCUCUGCGGCGGAGCACUUCUCCAUGAUCCGCGCCUCGCGGAAUAAGAACACGGCGCUCAACGGCGCAGUGCCCGGGCCGCCCAACCUGCCCGGACAGACCACCAUCCAGGUGCGGGUGCCCUACCGCGUGGUGGGGCUCGUGGUGGGGCCCAAGGGCGCGACGAUCAAGCGCAUCCAACAACAGACGCACACGUACAUCGUGACGCCCAGCCGCGACAAGGAGCCGGUGUUCGAGGUGACCGGCAUGCCCGAGAACGUGGACCGGGCUCGCGAGGAAAUAGAGGCGCAUAUCGCCCUGCGCACCGGCGGCAUCAUUGAGCUCACAGACGAAAACGACUUUCACGCCAACGGCACGGACGUGGGCUUCGAUCUGCACCACGGGUCCGGCGGGUCCGGCCCCGGCAGCCUCUGGAGCAAGCCCACCCCCAGCAUCACGCCCACCCCCGGCCGCAAGCCUUUCUCCAGCUACCGCAACGACAGCUCCAGCUCGCUCGGCAGCGCCUCCACAGACUCUUACUUCGGCGGGGGGACCGGCGGCAGCGCAGCCGCCACCCCGCGCCUGGCGGACUACAGCCCCCCCAGCCCCGCGCUCAGCUUCGCGCACAACGGCAACAACAACAACAACGGCAACGGAUACACGUACGCGGCGGGGGAGGCCCCCGUGCCUUCCCCCGACGGCUGCCCGGAGCUGCAGCCCACCUUCGACCCGGCUCCCGCUCCCCCGCCCGGGGCGCCCCUGCUCUGGGCGCAGUUCGAGCGCUCCCCUGGCGGCGGCCCCGCGGCGCCCGCGUCCUCGUCCUGCUCCUCGUCCGCGUCUUCGUCCGCGUCGUCCUCCUCCGUGGUCUUCCCCGGGGGCGGCGCCGGCGCGCCCUCCAAUGCCAACCUGGGGCUGCUGGUGCACCGGCGGCUGCACCCGGGCGCCAGCUGCCCGCGCCUGUCCCCGCCCCUGCACAUGGCCCCGGGGGCGGGCGAGCACCACCUGGCCCGCCGCGUGCGCAGCGACCCGGGCGGCGGGGGCCUGACCUACGCCGCCUAUGCCAACGGGCUGGGGGCGCAGCUGCCCGGGCUGCAGCCGUCGGACACCUCGGGCUCCUCGUCGUCGUCCAGCUCCUCCUCCAGCUCCUCCUCCUCGUCGUCGGGGUUGCGGCGGAAGGGCAGCCGCGACUGCUCCGUGUGCUUCGAGAGCGAGGUGAUCGCCGCGCUGGUGCCCUGCGGCCACAACCUCUUCUGCAUGGAGUGCGCCAACCGCAUCUGCGAGAAGAGCGAGCCCGAGUGCCCCGUCUGCCACACCGCGGUCACUCAGGCCAUCCGCAUCUUUUCCUGAAGGCAGCGCGCGUGCGCGCACCCGGCGGGGGCGGGGGGCCCCUCCCCUGCGGCCUCGGCGUCCUCCCCCAGCCCCCCAGCCCCCCUGCCCGCCGCCUUGGUGCCCCACUUUCUCCCCACCCCCACCCCGCCCUCCACCCCCACCCCCCACCCCCGCCCACACUCUGAGAUCCGAGAGGAGCUUGGAAAGCUGUAGUAUCCGCUCGUUUUUUUUUUUUUUUUAAAGUAAUUUUUAAACAAAGGAACUUGCCAGGAUAUCUGCAUCCAGAGUCCUAUAGCCUGGGAAACCCCCGAACCACCUGAAAUGCAUGCUCUAUAAAUAAUAGGAACGGCGACAUUCUAGUAAUGAUAGUUUUUACACUGUACUUCAUAGGAGGCUUCCAAAAGAAGAAAAACCCCACAAAGUUUUCCAUUUUCUUUAAGUAGGAAAAAAAUGAACAAUAAUGAUUAUGAUGAAGAUGAUAAUAAUAGUGCUUAUGGGAUGUGUGGACUGUUUUAGUGUGUUCCCCUCUGUGGCUGGGUUCCUACGAUGCUUAUUAUAGAACACAGUGGAUCCUUUCUGAAUGUUUGGAAGGGCCAGGAGUACCUGUGAAACCAGGAUACUGCAGCUUUAUAAAAGUUAAACAAACUGUAACAUAUCUCUUAUAUAUUAAAAAACGUUUAAAAGUUUUAAAAGAGAAAUUGCAUUAAUACAGAUUGAAGUAUUUUAUUCUUUUUUGACUUGAAAAAUUAUAUUUCAUAUUGCAAAGAUGUUUACAAGUAUUUUAAUUUAAGUUCAGUGAACUUUUUUGUAGCUGGGUUAAAUCUUUUUAUUUUAGUAUGGCCUUAUGGCAAAGAACACUGUAUUAUUUUAAUAACCACACAAUCGUGACGGAAUUACAAAACCAUAAAAUGUGUAAUGUUUUGAACAGUAUUCUGUUGGGAUGGAGAUUUUAUAGGUUCAGACAAAUCUUCUAGAAAUGCUUCACCCAGCAUAUUUUCUAUUCAGUGAUAUAAAGCAUAUUUUAUUCUAUAUUAUUACAAAAAAAAAAACGGAAAUGUAUAAACAUGUCAAAAGGAACUGUUGAUGCUUUCUAACAUUUGUAUAAAUAGAAUUCAGUGCAAGCUACAAAAAUUCUGUUGGGCCACUAUAGUUUUAGUAUUUCUAUUUUAAUACAUUUGUUUACCACUUGUUUAUGUAUAUGUAGGUGACGUUACUUGAGCUUAAAUGUACUUUACUGAGCAAAGUUUAAAAAACAAAGUAUAUUUUAUUUUAUGAUAAAGGGCCUUUAACCUCAUGGUCAAAUACUAAUAUUAUAUUUGCUGAGACAAGAUUUGAAAUUGUAUCAAGAGUUUUAUUUUUCUGACAUUUAAAGUUCUACAUAAUAAAGGUAAAAACUUAAGUAAUG